AUGGAGCUGGAUUUUGAGACUCUAGAACUAGCACUGGUGGCAGCGCGGCUUUCGUCCCUGGCUUAUCGAACGCCCAUCCAAGUAGAGUACCUCCGGUUGCGGGCCAACAAUAAGAGUCAGAGGGAAGCGCUUCAGGUUAUCAAGAGUCAGGCAGGAUGGAAAACAUCGGACCAACUUCAUCUGAGCGCAGAGGAGUUGACUAAGCUGGAGACGAGAAACGAAGCGAUGGGAUACGGGGAGAUCCUGACCCAAUUCAACGAGCCUUCUCAAUAUUUUGACGGGAAGCACAGCCUCUUCAUGCAAUCGACUAUGGCGUACACCUUCUUCCGGCCCAGCCCUCGAGGUCAGCGGAACAUCAUCUACGUCGUGUUCCGCGGAACGGAAGGUUCCGAGGACAUCUGGGCGGAUCUCAAAGCGGACCAAGUGGAAAUACGACCUCAGGCGCGACCGGGGGAUCCGGAUCCGUACGAAGAGAUUGGAACGCGGAAGGUCAAGAUUCACGCGGGUUUCCGGGACCAGUUUCUGGCCGUUUCGACGGCGCUCACCAGAAACGUAGAAGCAGCAGCAAGGGAGGCAGCGAAGCCAGCGGAUUCAGUUGAAAUUCCGUCCGGUCCGGCUCGGUGGACGGACAUGGUGCAGGACCAGAUCAACCACGAGGUGUCGAAGCCCGCCGAGGGGGGGGUAGAGAUUGUCAUCGCAGGCCACUCUCUCGGCGCCGCUCUCGCGACGAUCGCCGCUUUCCUUUCCGCCAUCGAGCACCCCUCCAUUCCGGUCACUCUCUUCGGCUUCGGCAGUCCCCGGGUGGGGGAUGACGCAUUCGCUGACGUGUUCGCACGUGUGAUGGCCCGGAACCGCGUGUUCCGCUUCGCCAACCGGAACGAUCCGGUGCCCGGAGUGCCCAUUCCCCCUGGCUACGCGCACGUGUUGGGGCACUAUCUGCUGGAUGAGGUUCACGGAACGAUCACCUGCGCCCCGCUCGCCGACGAGCAGUUCAACACGCCCCUCAGCAAAGCGGUUGCGGGGCUGACGUGGGUCGGGAAUGCGAUGACGUCAUUCCGGUACACGUGUAGCGGUUAUUUGCCGUGGAAGCAGCACCCGGUUGGGCACUACUUGGAAAGGAUAAAGGCACUGGUGGAAGCGAGGCGGCUCACACUUACGAAGUAGAUUACAAUGGACAAUUUGAUUUUGCGACUUUCGGAAAGCAGAUAAUUUAUUUAAACAUCUGU